CAUGUCGCGCCAGGGAGGGGCCGCGUGACGUCACGGGCCUGGCGCUGUCGUUAGGCGAGGCGCUCAUCUUGGAGGCGACGUCGCCCCGAAUGGCGGUAGAGGCGACGAUGCUGUGAGAGGUUCUCACCUCGACCGUCGCACCCGCCCCGCCGGCGUGGCAGUCGUGGUGGUUCUUUUCCCACGAUAUGAGCCUGUAUCGUCGGCAAAGGAUGGGUUCCGAGCGUGACUCCCAGUCGGCCACGUCCUCAGUUAGCCUACCAUCUAUUGUGAAGCCACGCAAGCAGCGCCGCUUCUCCUUACGUGGCCUCUUCGGCCGCAAGCCAGGCCCCAAGCCACGACCUGCCGACCCGGCGCCUGAGGGCGUCAUCGCCAGCAUCGAGAGCAUCCAUUCGGAGAUGGUAUCCGCCGACAAGAUGUCCACCAGCUCAGGUGACGUGUUGUCAGAUGCACCGCUGGCGUCGGGCAGCGGCGCUGGUGCCUUGCGGGUGAGCGGCUCGGAUGCACUGGAGUGCCCGCUGUGUCUGGUGCGCCGUUCGGCCGAGCACUUUCCAGAGCUGCUCUCCUGCCCUCACCGCUCGUGCCUCGACUGCCUGCGACAGUAUCUGCGCAUCGAGAUCUCCGAGUCGCGCGUCAAUAUCUGCUGCCCAGAAUGUGCCGAGCGCCUAAACCCGCACGACAUUCAGCGCAUCCUGGCGGAUGCCACACUCAUGGGCAAGUACGAGGAGUUCAUGCUGCGGCGAUUCCUCGUUGCUGAUCCGGACUGUCGGUGGUGCCCGGCACCAGACUGUGGGUUUGCGGUGAUUGCUGCAGGCUGUGCAAGCUGCCCAAAGCUAACUUGUGAGCGCGAGGGCUGUGGCACCGAGUUCUGCUAUCACUGCAAAGCCAUGUGGCACCCCAACCAGACAUGUGAUGCCGCACGCCAGCAGCGGUCUGCCACACUGCGCUUGCGCUCCAUUCAGUCAGCCAGCGCCAGCUACAGCCAGGAUGGCGCUCAUGCGGAUGACAUCAAACCAUGCCCGCGUUGUGCCGCUUACAUCAUGAAGAUGAACGACGGCAGCUGUAACCAUAUGACGUGUGCCGUGUGUGGGUGUGAGUUCUGCUGGCUCUGCAUGAAGGAAAUCUCUGAUCUGCACUACCUCAGCCCCUCGGGCUGCACGUUUUGGGGAAAGAAGCCUUGGAGUCGCAAGAAAAAGAUUCUGUGGCAGCUGGGCACCCUAGUGGGUGCCCCUGUUGGCAUCGCCCUCAUCGCCGGCGUUGCCGUGCCCGCCAUGAUAAUCGGCAUCCCUGUCUACGUUGGGAGGAAGAUUCACCGGCGGCUCGAAGGCAAGAACGUCUCCAGACAUCGUCGGAACCUCGCCAUCACAGGUGGCGUGGCGCUGUCUGUCAUCGUUUCGCCCGUCAUAGCUGCUGUCACAGUUGGAAUCGGGGUUCCCAUUAUGCUGGCGUACGUGUACGGGGUGGUGCCCGUGUCGCUGUGCCGCAGUGGGGGAUGCGGCGUCUCCACCGGCAACGGUAGAGGCGUCCGCAUCGAGUUUGACGAUGACCACGACGUCAACAUGGGGGGCACCAACACAGUAGGAGACACCGCGUCGGUGGCCGAGGCACGGCACAGCGUGACGAACCCCAGCAUCGGAGAGAGCAGUGUGGGUGGCCUGACAGCCAGCCUGAGCGCCAGUGGGAGUCACAUGGAGCGUGCGGGGGUGAUCCGUGACAACGUGAGCGAGACUGCCAGCACCAUGGCCCUGGCAGGGACGUCCAUUACAGGCAGCUGCUAUAGCAGGCUGGAGGUUCAUGCCGACGUAGCCAAGGAGCGCUGCAGCUUGAGCGGCGAGUCGGCCACUGUGAGCCUGGCGGCUGCGAGCGACAACGCCAGCACCCAAGCCAAUGCCGGCUCCAUUGUCGGCCCCUACUAUGCUCGAGACAGGGAUGGCACCAACAUUGAGGUGCAGGUUGACAUCGAGACUCGCCCAAGCAAGCCAAGGCACGGCAGUGGAAGCAGUGGCAACACGGAGGAUGUGGGGUUCGCGGGGGCCCCCGCUAGAGGCCCUCCUGACACGAAGUACAAGGGAGGAAAGCGCAUGAAAGAGUGUGGCCUGAGCAAGAAGGGAAAGGCCAGCAGCAAGCGCAAGGCCAGCAUGAAGAUCAAGGAGGUUCGUGAAGACAUGGAUACACAGCUGCUGGAACGAGGCAGCGUGCACUCCAGCGAGCUGGACUCCCCGUCCCUCAGUGACUCCAUGCCAUCGGUUGCAGACUCGCACUCCAGCCACUUUUCAGAGUUCUCUGAUCGCGAGAGCACGAAGACUACCGGCAGCAGCCACAAUAACAGCGCUGAGACGCACGCCACGCCACGUUAUAUGGCGCCAGCUCCCACCAAUAGCCAGCCACUUACGCAGGUGGAGAGCGACCGUCUGGAGGGUUGCCCUUCCGUCGGAGCCCAGAUGGGUGCUGUGUAUGGCCAGCCGGGGCCCUCGCCCACUGUAAUGGGGCCCUGUGCCACAAGCACGGUGAGUGGGCCGUCCAGCCCUUCUCUCACUCUGGCAAGCCCCUCUAUUCCACUGGGGCCACCUAAAGAGUCAGUGGCACAGCUAAACAGCCCUCACGGCCUCACUGCAGCACCUGUCUGCAGUGACCCGGGGCCAGCAGCCUCCCAAGCCCCAGCCGGGGCCAUCUCGCGUGACCCCCCAGCAGGGCCGAGUCCCCGGCUGGCGGCGGUGACGCACGGAGCGAACGAGACCAAACGCACGGUCAUCCACACUGACAUAUGAAGCGCCCAUGGCCUGGGUCACCCAUUGUCUGGUCUAUUUACACAAUAGCUUGUUUGCUCGCUGGCUGACCUGACAACCAUUUAAAAUCUGUUAAGAUGGGCCUGAUGCUUUCUUUUGGCUACCAGCAGCACCAGCGUGCUCUUAGUGGCACAAACUGUUGCACUGAUUUGUGCUUUAUGGCAAGUUAUGAUAAAUAAGGAUCUGAAUUAUUAAACAGGUAUAACACGU